CUCUUGGCGUUUAAAGUAAGCUAAUCGUUCCUUUUAUUUAUUGAUGUAUUUGACUUUGACUUAAACUGCUUUUUUUGAGAUAAGAUAAACAAAAUCUAACACCUGAUUUAUUUCUAGUUGGAUAGCAAAUAUACUCGUAUUUUUCUACUGACGAGUUUGUGCUUUAGUGAAAUUGUGUUUAGUGAUUGUGGUUUUGAAGAAAAUGAAACGUUUGGUUAGAAGAUCUAGCGAUAAGGACAUAGAAGUUGCAGACCUGUGGAAAAAACGCGGGAAAACCGUAAGGUCUCCCUCGCCGCACAAUGCGUUCAAAAGAUGGCGGAUCAAGUCUAACCUCAAAGCGGCCGAAUCGAAGAACGGACUCGACGGUUCCAAGUUAGCCAUUAAUUCAAAAGAUAGGACCGAAGAUGACAUGUCGUUGCUCAAAUUUUUAGCCAUCAAUGCAUUAGAUCUCAGUGCUCCUGCAAGCGAUGUACUACUGAAAAGUCGCAGCAGCAAUUGGUUCCAGUUAAGCGGACAUCCCGAUAGUUUAGCGCCUGCAGGUCCCGGAACAGUAUGGAAGAAAAGAUCUCCAAACUCCGAUGAUACCGAAAGAAUAGUAUACGAAGAUCUUUCACAAGAUCCCAACCUGUGUGACAUCAUACCUAGAUAUUAUCGCGAGGUUGAAUACCAAGGAGAAAAGUUUAUAGAAUUGCAGGACUUACUACAUGGUUUUCAGGACCCCUAUGUAAUAGACAUAAAAAUGGGCACCCGCACCUUUCUAGAAUCCGAAGUCGAAAAGACAGCGGCUCGCCCUGACCUGUACCAAAAAAUGAUCGCCAUAGACCCUCGCGCACCAACUGAACAAGAACGCCAAACCAAAGCUGUCACCAAGCUGCGCUACAUGCAGUUCCGCGAACAACAAUCUUCCACGUGCAGUCAAGGCUUUAGGAUCGAAGCUAUGAAAUGCAGAGGAUCGCCACCGGUUACCGACCUCAAGAAAGUCAAAUCGAGCGACGAGGUCGUCAAUACGUUGGACAGGUUCAUAGGAGGCCGUGAGGACAUUAGGCAAAGACUGUUAGCGAGAUUGUGCGAGAUUAGAUCGAAGAUCGAAAGCUCCGAUUACUUCAAUAUUAGGGAAGUCGUUGGAAGUAGUCUGUUUAUUGUCUACGAUGAUACUAAGGUUGGAGUUUGGAUGAUCGAUUUUGCGAAAAUAAACAAAUUGCCUGAAGGACAGACUGUUAAUCAUAGAACACCUUGGAUGCAAGGAAAUCACGAGGAGGGACUACUUUUUGGAUUUGAUAGACUUAUUUCUAUAAUAGAAAAUAUCAAGAAUACCCCUCCCGAUAACAAGAAGGACCACUUCGCAAAGCAUGUAGCAGCUGUCAGUGUCAAAUCUUGAGCAGCUGUUCGACGCAAAGUCUAUAUUGACUUAAGCUCACCGAAGUCCUUGACUGGACUCGGGAAGUGGAAUUUUCUCAGUGAAUCUGCGCAUUUGCUUGCAGCGCGGUAUAUAAGAAGAAAGGUGGCCCAGACUUAACGGUCAACUUUUGUAUGUUGAUGGCUUAGUUUAAAUGUAUUGUGGCAUGGCCUGAGUGGCGAUGUAUCUUUUUGUAUAUUUUGUAUGACGAUGGAAGUAUUAAGUGAUUUUUUGUCAUUGCAAUUUGGAUUUUUUUGUCUAGUCAUGUUCUGUAAUUUUGUAAUAUUUACAUAUUUAUAACGUAUAUAUAGUUAAUUGUAUAUCAAGUUUUCUGUACUUGAGAUGAGUGUAAAUAUUUGUAUAUAUUGAAUUUUGUAUUAAAUUAUCAUUUUUUAAAUGUUUAUGUACUUAUAUAAUAAAAUAAGUUCUGUAAUAA